AAAACCGAACACUUUACUUCUUCUCCCUCUCACGUCUCUUUCAAUUUAUCUCCGAUCGCUUCUCUCUCUCUCUCUCGGCUGCCGCAAUCCCAAGUUCUCGGGAUUCGUGUCUCCUCAUGUCAGGCCCUCUCGAUUUCGCUAGACCUUGUUUCGAAGGGUGUUCGAGCAAUGAUGAGAGAAGAGAACGGAGAUCAGACUUCGAAGUUUCAGAGGACGAGAAGAGAACAAGAAUCGGCACCUUUAAGAAGAAAGCAGCCAAAGCUUCAAGCAAACUGAGACACUCUCUCAAGAAGAAAGGAAGCAGCGGUAGGAGGAGAAGCACUGAUCGGAACUUCUCUCUUACCAUUGAAGACAUUCACGACGUCGAGGAACUGCGAGCUGUUGAUGAGUUAAGGAGCCUACUCCUCUCUGAGAAUCUACUUACUCCAAAGCUUGAUGAUUAUCACAUCAUGUUGAGGUUCCUGAAAGCGAGGAAGUUUGACGUUGGGAAAACCAAACUGAUGUGGAGUAACAUGAUUCAGUGGAGACAAGAGUUUGGUACAGACACUAUUGUCGAGGAUUUUGAGUUUCAAGAGGUGGAUGAGGUUCUCAGAUACUACCCUCAAGGCUAUCAUGGUGUUGACAAAGAAGGAAGACCUGUUUACAUUGAGAGGUUAGGGAAAGUCGAUCCGGCAAAACUCAUUCAAGUCACCACAUUAGAGAGAUACAUAAGGUAUCAUGUUCGAGAGUUUGAGAAGACUGUUAGUAUCAAGUUUCCUGCUUGCUGCAUUGCUGCUAAGAGACACAUUGACUCUAGCACCACCAUUCUUGACGUUCAAGGCGUGGGUUUAAAGAACUUCUCGAAGCCUGCGAGGGACCUCAUAAUCCAGCUGCAAAAGAUUGAUAAUGAUAACUACCCUGAGACACUACAACGCAUGUUCAUCAUCAAUGCUGGUCCUGGUUUUAAGCUACUUUGGGGAUCAGUGAAAUCAUUUCUUGAUCCAAAAACAGUAACAAAGAUCCAUGUUGUUGGUAACAAGUACCAGAACAAGUUACUUGAGAUCAUUGAUGCAAGUCAGCUGCCAGAUUUUCUUGGCGGCACUUGCACAUGUGCUGAUGAAGGUGGCUGUAUGAGAUCUGAUAAAGGUCCCUGGAAAGACCCAGAGAUAUUAACUAUGGUUCAAAGUGGUGGAACCCUCUGCAGACAUGCAUCUAUUCUAAACAGUGGUUCCCGGAUGAACUCAUGUGAUAAGCCACCUUUUCCCGGGAUUAAAGUUAGUGACACCUCAACAGCGGAAUCAAGCUCUGAAUUAGAAGAGAUGGCUUCUCCAAAAGCAAACAAGGAGAGUCAUGUUCCAAAGUUGACUCCUGUUUGUGAAGAUUUGCAGAUUAGGACCAAUGGUAGAUCAUAUCCUACUGACUCAUCAGAGUAUGACUCACCAAUGGUGGACAAAGUUGUGGAUGUUGCUUGGAUGGCUAAUGAGAAGCCAAAGACUCCACAAGGCCCCAAGGAGUCACCCGGUUUGGGAAAGUUAGGACCGGUUAGUCAUAUCUUGAGGUGGCUAGCCACAUUUUUUACGUUUCUGGUAUCUGCGGUGGCUCUGCCAAAGAGUAAAGAACAUUCUCAGUCUGAAUCUUCAGUUGAUGAACCAAUCGCUAGAGAGUCUCGUCCUCCACCGGUUUAUUCAACUGUCAGAGAGAGAAACCUCGUUGCUUCUGUUGUGAACAGACUAGGAGAUCUUGAGAAACAAGUGGAGACACUGCACUCAAAGCGACAUGAGAUGCCUAGGGAGAAAGAAGAGUUGCUUAAUACAGCUGUUUAUCGCGUGGAUGCGCUUGAAGCAGAGCUCAUAGCUACCAAAAAGGCUUUACAUGAGGCUUUAAUGAGACAGGAUGAUCUUUUGGCUUACAUAGACCGUGAAGAAGACGAGAAGUACCAUCGGAGAAAGAAGUUGUGUUGGUGAAGAGACCGAGAGAGCUUGGAUUACUAUUUUAUGAGAGAAGGUGGUGGGCCGUGGCUAUGCUUUGUGAGUAUGUUGGUAAAUUUGUAUACACCAUAUGGUAGAACAAUGUUUUAUAUACAAAAUUGAGGUCUCAUAGGCAAAAUAUUUGAUACUUUGGGGGAAAGUUCCGGAAGACCUUGUCCAGUAGAUAUUCAUCGUAUAUCUUUAUUCAUAUCAGAGACCCUUUUCUCUCA